AUGCCACACUCUGAGCCACAUUAUGCAUUUGAGAGUACGCCCAUCUCAACUUCACAACAGACAGGAGCAUCCGUUGGAGAAUCAGCAGUUUUAACUUCAAAUGUCAAACAAUCUAGCAAUGAGUCAUGUUCAGAAAUGAAUGUGCUGCUGAGAGAUGACUAUGAGGAGGAUGAAAAAAAGAUGAAAAUGUAUCCUUCCAGCAGAGAAACAUGUCAUGUUCAAGGUCAUCCACAUUCUAAGUCCCACUCUUCUGGAGAAACAGAGUUUGAGCAUCAAGAGCCAUGGUCAUUCUGGACUCAAGUACGCGCUCAAAUUAUUCCCAAUUCUUCUUCGCCCAGAACAAUCUCACCAAUAUCCUCUGCCUCUCCAGAGAUGCCAAACUCCAGAAAGCAAAACCUUGAGACACUCAAGAAUGUCAAGCCUCCACCCAUCCAAGUUAGUCAUCCAACAGCGAGAUCANCAAUGGAUGAUGCAGCUGCAUUUGUUACUUCAAAGGCUCAACGAUCUACUGUUGGUUCUUCCUCAGAGUUUGAUACACUUCGCACAUCUAAAGAAAAACUGAAGGAUGUUGCACCUGUGAAUGGUGAAGCAACAUAUCAUACCUCAAAGUCUCAAGCAUUUAGCAUUGGUUCUUCUUCAGAAAUAACCAUGCAGGAAAGUUCAAAAGAUAAAUUGAAGCAUGUCAGCAAGGAUCUUAAACAGGAUUCUUCGUACACACGAAAACAAAGUGUCAACUCCUUGGUCUCGGACAUGAAACAGCCAUCACCUGUGAAUAAUUCAUCAAGGGGAAAAUCAGUCAGAACAUUUAGAUCCCGAAGAAGUUAUAUUGAUAGAUCAAAAAGAAAGGUUGAUUGUCCAAAACAAGGUGGAGACGUAAAUGAGGUACGUUGUAAUCAAUUUGACACAACAUCAUCCUUGAAAUGCAUUAAUCGAAAAGGGGAUUCAAAACCACUAGUCAAUCCCAGAGAAGGCAUUCUUGACAACAGUGGGCCAAUUCCAAGCUCAGCAUUCUUUGAAAGUGAGCCUGAAGCAAAGCAACAUUUUACGAAUACAGACAUUGUGGAGGCCAAGGAGAACUCAGAAUCCAAAGGGAACUCAGAGACUGUGCUAACCAAUUCUCACAUGAGUUCAGAUGAAGAAGCUGACUUUGACCUUGCUGAUGAUAUGGAUCUAGGAAGUGAGGUUGAUAGAAAAGCUGGUGAAUUCAUUGCCAAGUUCAGAGAACAGAUUAGGCUUCAGAAAAUUGAAUCAUUUCGACGGACCAGUGCUUAGUUACUAAUACUCUAUCCUGAGGUGUGUAUAGUGAUUCUAGUAUGCUAAAGAAGGAUGUCUCCCCUUGUUUAGUGGAAACUGUGAAAGUUGAUCAUUUGUUUAUAUGUUUAGCCUCUGUUUGUGUAAACAAACACUUGGAAUGUUAUUAUAAAAAAAACCUGCUCAGGUGUCUAGGAGGGAUGCGAUUUCUUGCAUCCUUCCUUUCUUGGAAGAGAAAUCCGCAUUCUACUGGAAAACUAUCUUUAGAGUUUUCCAUCAUUUUAACUUUCAUUUACACAGAAUUCAUGUAACCUUGCAAUUCAUUAUUCAAGAUUAUGUUUUGUUUAUUUUCAUCUAGAU